AUGGGUUUAUCAUCGCUUUCUCUCUUCAUUUUCAUUUUCACGGCCUUAUGUUCACUCACUCAUUCUUCUCCUCCUAUGUGCCAUGGUGAUGACAGCUCUGCCUUGUUGCAAUUCAAGCAAAGCUUUUUCACACCGGUGUAUACUUGUCAAUUAAAGCUUGCGUCUUGGACACUUGAACUAAACAAAAGUGAUUGCUGCUCAUGGGAUGGAGUUGAGUGCGAUGACAACACAGGUCGUGUAAUUGGUCUCGACCUCAGUAGCAGCUGUCUAUUUGGUUCUAUUAACUCCAGCAGUAGCCUUUUUCGCCUUGUUCACCUCCAAAGGCUUAACCUUGCCAAUAAUUCCCUUUUCCCAUCUUCUAUCCCACCCCAGGUACGCAAUCUUUCAAGAUUAACACAUCUCAAUCUCUCUUUCUCUAAUUUUUCUGGUGAAAUCCCCUUAGAAAUUUCACAAUUGUCCCAGUUGUCAUCUCUUGAUUUGUCUCAAGACUAUUCCCUUUUGGAACUCAAAAAGGCUAGCCUUAGAACCCUAGUUGGAAAUUUGACCCACCUACAAGAGCUUGAUUUGAGUGGGGUGUAUAUUAAUUCUACUGUGCCUAAUACUUUGGCAAAAUUGUCUUCUUUAACAUUCCUCUCUCUAUGGGGUUGUGGUUUGCACGGAGAAUUUCCAAUAGGCAUCUUUAAGCUAUCAAACUUGCGGGUUCUUAAUGUAGGUGCCAAUGCAGGUCUCACCGGUUAUUUGCCUAACUUUGCAUGGAGUAGCUCUCUUCAGAAAUUGUGUUUGGCACACACGAGUUUCUCAGGUGAGCUACCCGCUUCCAUGGGAAACCUUAGCUUUUUGACUUACUUGUCUAUUUGGGAUUGCUAUUUCUCAGGGUCCAUUCCAUCUUCACUUGGUAACCUCACUAAACUCACCACUCUUCGCCUUUCAUAUAACUCUUUUGUGGGUAACAUUCCUCAUUCACUUGGAAACCUACUUCAACUCUCUUCUCUAAAAAUUUCAUGGACUCAAUUGACAGGCGAAGUCCCUUUUAGGCUUGUAAACUUGCCUCAAUUGACUUUUCUUGAUCUAAGCCAUAAUCUUUUGAGUGGUGAAAUAAAAUUCGAGAAUGAGACACAAUUGACUGUCAUCGGCCUGAACAACAAUAAUUUAACUGGUCCAAUUACUUUUGGGCCCAUGAACCUCACAAACUUACGUGUCUUGGACCUUGCAGUCAACAAGAUUCAUGGUCAAAUUUCAAACUCAAUCUUCAACUUUAAGAAUCUUGAAUUUCUUUAUCUUUUUGAGAACUACUUUAACGGCACUUUGGAGUUUGAUGAGUUUCUUAAGCUCAAACAUUUAUCUGAAUUGGAUAUUUCUGGUAAUCAAUUAUCGUUACUCACUAAAGAAACUAGUGCCAAUGCAACUCUUCAAAAGUUUCAAGUUUUAGGAUUUUCUUCAUGCAACUUGAGCGAGGUUCCAAAUUUCAUAAGAAGCCAGCAUGAGUUGAAGAAUCUAAACUUGUCCAACAACAAGAUUCACGGCCAAGUUCCAGAAUGGAUGUGGAACACAAGCACAACAAGUCUAGAGGUUCUUGAUCUUUCCAACAACUUGCUCACAGGCUUUAGUCAACAUCCAAUUUUUCUUCCAUGGACUUCUCUACAAGUUCUUGAUCUCAGGUCAAAUUUUCUCCAAGGAUCACUUCCGAUUCCACCAGUCUCCACUUUGUAUUUUUUUAUUUCCAACAACUUAAUCACUGGAAAUAUGCCAGAAUUGUUUUGCAAUCUGAGUUCUCUUAUAGUCCUUGAUUUGGCUAAUAACAACUUAAGUGGUUCACUUCCUCGAUGCUUUGACAACUUUAGUGCUUCUCUAUCGGUACUUGAUUUGCAAAGGAACAAAUUUCAAGGAAGCAUUCCAGAAACUUGGAUAAGAGGAAGCCAAUUGGGGAUAAUAAAUUUGAGUCAAAACAAAUUCCAAGGGCAGUUACCGAGAUUGCUGGCUGAGUGUACAAUGCUAAAGGUCCUUGAUCUUAGUGAUAACCAAUUCAAUGAUAUGUUUCCAUUUUGGUUGGGAGAUCUUCCAAAUUUACAGGUCCUCAUGUUACGGUCAAACAAAUUCAACGGUCCAAUGGAGACGCCUCAAACUUAUUUUAAGUUCCCCAACAUCCAUAUCCUUGACAUCUCCUGCAAUGAUUUUAUGGGAAAGCUGCCAUUAAGACUUUUUGAAAAUUGGAAGGCCAAAAAAUUUGAGGAUGAUGAGCAUAUGUUAACAUAUAUUCAUGAAAGCUCAGACUUUCAAAAAAAAAGAUAUUGGUUUGCCGAUGUGGCUUGGGCUGCUUAUACUUACUCUAUGGUGAUGACAAACAAAGGAAACGUUGUUUUCUAUGAGAAGGUUCAAGAAGUGUUCACGGCCAUUGAUUUCUCAAGCAACAGAUUUGUCGGUGAGAUUCCUGAAUCUAUUGGAAAUUUAAAGGGAGUUCAGUUGCUCAAUCUUUCUAAUAAUGCCCUUACCGGUCAUAUCCCAUCAUCUUUAGGAAACCUUACAAAGCUAGAAACAUUAGACCUUUCUCAAAACAAUUUGUCGGGGGAGAUUCCACAGCAGCUAACACAACUUAUUUUCUUAGAAGUCUUUAGUGUUUCUCAUAAUAAUCUCGCAGGACCUAUACCACAGGGGAAACAAUUUGAUACAUUUGAAAACAGUUCAUUUGAGGGGAAUCCAAGAUUGUGUGGGAGAACAUUGACACGAAAAUGUGAGAAUUCUAAUGAGCCGCAUUCUCACCCUUCAAUCUCUCAAGAAAGUCAAGACUCUGGAUCACCAUUUGAAUUUGGUUGGAAAAUAGUUGCGAUUGGAUAUGGAUUUGGAUUUGUUGUUGGAGUAAUCAUUGGGCAGAUUGUGAUUGCAAGGAAAUAUGAUUGGUUAAUGAAGACCUUAAGAAUAAGGCCAUUGGGUGGGAGGAGACACAGAAAUUAA